UUUGGCGAUGGUAGCAUCAACAAGCUGGGCUCCGGAAGCGACUUUGAGGCGUUCUUCCAGCGGCUGGGAAUCUCGGCGGCACGUGCUCGCUACACCAAGAACAAGCGUGGCGCCCGCUACAGCGGCUACCCGGCCUACCACAGCGCGUCCGAGACCUUCGACCUGGUGGAGCGCUUCUACGACGGCGGCUUCCCGCGCCACCUCGCCGUGGCGCGCGUCCGGGGCCUGCUGGCGCUGGCCCUGGCCACGGCGCCGCUGCUGCCCCUCGACUGCCGCGACUACGGUCCCCAGCUGCGGGCACACGCCGAGGCCGUCGCCGCGGUGGCGCUGGCACGCGGGGUGGAGGCCGCGGCCGGGUUCGCGUCACUGUUCCAGGCCAUCGACAACUUCACGGCUGCGGCAGAGAACUUCCACGCGGCCAUCAGUGGGCUCGACAUGGACAAUGUCAUGUCUCUCCGCAUGGCCAACGACCGCCUCAUGCUGCUGGAGAGGUCCUUCACAGACCCUUUGGGCCUUCCCGGACGGCCGUUCUACCGGCACGUGGUGUUCGCUCCGAGCAGCCACAACAAGUACGCUGGCGAGGCCUUCCCGGGCGUCUACGACUCCCUGUUCAUCGCGGACGCGGCGGCGGCGCUGACGGAGACGCGGCGCAACCUCGCGGUCGCCACCUUCACCGUGCAGGCCGCCGCCAGCAGCCUCGCCUAGACACGGCGCCACCAGCACCAUCACCAGCACUGCCAUCAUCAUCAUCAUCAUCACCACCAUCACUACCACUAUCAUCACCAGCACCACUACCGCUACCAUCACCGCCACCACUACCAUCAUCAUCACCACUACCAUCACCACCAUCACCACCACUAUCAUCAUCAUCACCACCAUCAUCACCAUCGCUACCAUCAUCAUCACCAUCACUACCAUCAUCACUACCAUCAUCACCAUCAUCACCACCACCACUACCAUCAUCACCAUCACUACCAUCACCACUACCACCACCAUCAUCACCAUCACCACCACCACCAUCACCACCAUCACCACCACUAUUAUGGGGUCUCCCCCCCCCUGCCCACCCAACCCCACCCACCCACCAUGGUCCCCACCGUGGCCUCGCCUCCAGCCACCACGGGAUUUCCCCCACCGUGCCACCCCCCCCCCCCACUGCAGCCCCCACCUACCACCACAGCCCUACCCCCCACUGACCCCCACCGGUUAGGGGUUAUGGUGACACUGGUUCUGACCCUGACCCCGACCUCGGCUCUAAACCGUGGCCCUCACUGCGACAUCGCCACGACUCUGGAUCCAACCCAAACCCUGGUUUGUAAAACCCGCCGCUCGCACUGAACCCUGACCCCGGCUCGAACCCUGACCCCGGCCCGAACCCUGACCCCGGCUCGAAUCCUGACCCUGGCUCGAACCCUGACCCCGGCUCAAAUCCUGACCCUGGCUCGAACCCUGACCCCGGCUCAAAUCCUGACCCCGGCUCGAACCCUGACCCCGGCUCGAACCAUAACCCCAGCUCAAACCCUGACCCCGGCUCGAACCCUCACCCCGGCUCGAACCCUGCCCCUGGCUCGAACCCUGACCCCGGCUCGAACCCUGACCCCGGCUCGAACUCUGACCCCGGCUCGAACCCUGACCCCGACUAGCCCAGUAACGCAGGCACCAGCCACCCAACCCCUUGCGAACGCGACUCGCGAUAACUCUACCUCUAACCCCUGACCCUCGCCACCCCUGACCCCCUACGCUGCCGUAGCCCAGACAACGGGCUGAGCGAGUCUGUGGCGCGCUGGUCAAGAGGGGUCGGCGCGCCUGAGCAAAAAAACGCGAAUGAAGGAACGCUGUGCAAUAAACGAACGGC